AUGCGACAACAGCGCCGUGCCUUCCUCUCUGUACCUCAAACAUGGAAGCAGACACAAGACAAAACUCCAGACACCCAACUAUCCUCCUUUCCUCCUCCUUCUAUUGAUCAUUACGCUCCAUCCCAACUUCAGUUUCCAUUUGCUUCCAUAUCUUCUACCGAUGCUCCUCUUUUCCCCUCUUUUCUUUCUCCUGUUUUAUCCCACCUGCCUCAUCCUCCAUCUUCAUCUCUUCCAUACCACUCCUUUCCAUCCUUUCAUGGCCUCCUGAGGUUCCUCUUAGUUCUCCUGGCCUCCCUGUGUUUACUGCCCUGCCCAGUCCAUGGAGCUGCGUUUCGGGUUGGGGUGGUGGGCCCCUGGGUGUGUGACCCCCUCUUUGCCAAGGCUCUUCCCAAUGUGGCGGCACAGCUCGCCGUCAGCCGUAUCAACAAGGAUCCUUCACUGUCCUACGCUGCCACAUUUGACUAUGCUGUGCUGCAGGAGCCAUGUGAGACGUCAAAGGCAUUAGAAAAAUAUGUGGGUUUCCACACCACGGCGUCAGCGUACAUUGGACCAGCCAAUCCCGGCUACUGUGAUGCUGCUUCGAUGCUCACCAAAGGCUGGAACAAAGCAAUGUUUUCUUGGGGUUGCGUUGGCUACGAGUUGGACGAUAUUCGGAGCCACCCAACCUUCGCCCGCACCAUGCCGAGGCCCACCUGGGUGCUGCUCAGUGUCAUGAACUACUUCAGGUGGGCCCAGAUUGGCAUCAUCUCUUCCUCAGACGACAUCUGGGUGGAGACGGCCAUCAAGGUAGCUGACUCCUUGAGGAGCCACGGUCUAUCGGUCAAACUGGUCAGUUUUAUGGAGAACACACCUCAAGGCAUCAGAAGAACUCUGACUAAAAUUCGCAAGAGGAGUGAAAUAAGAGUCUUGAUCCUUUGCAUGCACUCAGCGCUAAUCGGUGGUCAAGUUCAGAAGCUCUUCUUGGAGACGGCCUACGAUAUGCAGAUGAUCGACGGCUCCCGGAUCUUCCUGCCCUACGACACCCUCCUCUACAGCCUGCCCUAUCGCAAUGUGAGCUACCCGGUUCUGAAGAGCAACAGCAAACUGCUGCGGGCCUACGACGCCGUGCUGACCGUCACCAUCGACUCGCCCCAGCAGUCGUUCUUCGAGGCCUACAACGAGGCCAUGGAGAGGGGAGAGGUGGCGAGAACUCUGAAGCCACAGCAGGUGUCUCCGCUCUUCGGCACCAUCUACAGCUCCAUCCUGUUAAUGGCUCAUGCAGUGCAGCGUAUUCGGCAGACUAGGGCGUGGAUGUCUGGAGGAAAUCUGGCACAACGCACACGUAACCUGGACUUUCAGGGCUUCAGCCACCGAAUCAAAACCAACAGGUCUGGAGCGGCUCUGCUGGACUAUCUUGUACUGGACACAGACGGACUCUCCUGGGAGUUGAAACCAACAUACAGGAUCGACAUGGAGGCCGGCAUGGUGCGCUUUUUGGGUCGAGAGAUUCACUUUCCUCGCGGCUACGGACCCAGAAGGGACUCGUCGUGCUGGUUUGCUCCUGGAUUCCUCUGCUCAGGGGGUGUGGAUCUGUUCUCCACCAUUGGUUUUUUCGUUGCGAUGGUCGUUGCCUCUAUUGUUGCCAUGGCGCUGUCUUACUGUGUCAGGCGACGCAUCCAUCAGAUUCAGAUGGUCAGGGGUAAAAACAAGAUCUUGCUGACUCUGGCUGAUGUCACCUUCAUAAACCCGUCGCUUAGCAACAAGAAGUUUAGUGUGGACGACGGCAGGGCCAGCGGCAUGAGGAGCGUGUCCGAAAGCAGGGUUGCAUCGCCGGUCUCCACUAUAACCCCGGCCACCUACGAGAACUCCAACAUUGUCAUCUUUGAGGGUGACUGGGCGUGGCUGAAGAGACUCCCCGAUGGCUCGUUUAGCCACAUUAACCCCAAAACCACUGAUGUGUUUGAGCUGAUGAAGGACAUGCGGCACGAGAACAUCAACCCUUUCCUCGGCUUCUUCCUCGACUGCGGCGUGUUCGCCAUCGUGACCGAGUUCUGCUCCAGAGGAAGUUUAGAGGACCUGCUGCUGAAUGACGACGUCAAACUGGACUGGAUGUUCAAGUCGUCUCUACUUCUAGAUCUUAUAAAGGGUAUGAAGUACCUCCACCACCGAGGCGUGGUCCACACUCGUCUGAAGUCCCGUAACUGUGUGGUGGACGGCCGCUUCGUCCUGAAACUAACAGACUACGGAUACAACGAGGUUCUUGAGUCUCAGAGGUUCCCUUACAUAGAACCGCCUGCAGAAGAGAUGUUGUGGACGGCUCCAGAGAUCCUGAGGAGCGGGCAUCCGGGUUUCCACGGGACGCAGCAGGGUGACGUUUACAGCUUCGCCAUCAUCAUGCAGGAAGUGGUGAUCAGAGGGCCUCCGUUCUGCAUGAUGGACCUGCCCGCUGCGGAUAUGAUAGAGAAGCUCCGUACGCCUCCUCCUGUGUUUCGGCCGGUGGUCAGUCCGGACUACGCUCCGUUAGAGUGCAUCCAGCUGAUGAAACAGUGCUGGAACGAACAGCCAGACAAGAGACCCGACUUUGAAGAUAUAUUUGAUCAGUUUAAGAACAUCAACAAAGGCAGGAAGACCAACAUCAUCGACUCCAUGCUGAGGAUGCUGGAGCAGUACUCCUCCAACCUGGAGGAGCUGAUCAGGGAGCGAACCGAGGAGCUGGAGAUCGAGAAGCAGAAGACGGAGAAGCUACUGACGCAGAUGUUGCCUCCGUCUGUGGCCGAAGCGUUGAAGGUUGGCGGUACAGUCGUGCCGGAGCAUUUCGACAGCGUAACUCUCUACUUCAGCGACAUCGUCGGCUUUACGACCAUCUCGGCCAACAGCGAACCCAUCGAGGUGGUCGACCUGCUCAACAGCCUCUACACGCUUUUCGACGCCAUCAUAGGAAAUCAUGACGUCUACAAGGUGGAGACGAUUGGCGACGCUUACAUGGUGGCGUCGGGCCUUCCCGUCCCCAACGACAACCGUCACGCUGCAGAAAUAGCCAACAUGUCCCUUGACAUCCUGAGCGCCGUGGGAACUUUCAAAAUGAGACACAUGCCUGACGUUCCUGUUAGGAUACGCAUCGGACUGCACACAGGUCCAUGUGUAGCAGGAGUCGUCGGUCUCACGAUGCCUCGAUACUGCUUAUUUGGAGAUACAGUGACCACCGCCUCUCGUAUGGAGUCCAGCGGGUUGCCCUACAGGAUCCACGUCCACGAGAGUACCGUAAAAGUCUUGCUGGGCCUGAAUGUGGGCUACAAGGUUGAGCUGAGAGGCAGGACAGAAACGAAGGGGAAAGGAGUCGAGGAGACCUACUGGCUUGUAGGGAGAGAUGGAUUCGACAAACCUCUUCCUGUUCCUCCAGAACUCAAGUCUGGGCAAAUGGCUCACGGGCUGCAGAUGGCCGAGAUAGCCCAGUACAAGAAACGGAAAGCCGAGCAACAACAGCAGGAACUACUUGCAAAGAAGAAAAACUGA